AUGGACCAACAGGCCUUUCGCAACCUGGUGUCGGCUCCGCGUGCAGACGGCGCGCGGAGUGGGCAGGGCUACGAUCGCAACUUUGGGCAGCGACGGAGCUACCAUCCCAGCGAGCGCCGCAGGAGCGCGAAAAAUGAGGAAGAACCCGACGAAUUCAAGCCGCGCCAGGUCGCCAGCACCGAGUUUCGCGGAUCGCACUCGAAGCAUGCCUAUGUAGACCGCGCCGAGAUGCGGCGACGGGGUAUCGAUGUGCCGCUCGAGUUCCGUCCGAUGCCGAUAGAGGAGCCAGAGGCGGGGGCGGACGAGGACAAUGACCGUGCACACGUCUCGGACGCAGACCUCGACGCAGCACUCGAAGCGGGGCGGACGGUGCAAGAGCCGGCGAACGACGCGCCGGCUUUUCGCCCGAUCACACAGGCUGCGCAGCAGGCACCAGCGCCAAAAGAAGAGGCGCCCGAGUUUAUCUAUGUAAAUGGCAAGCGCAUGCGCAAGAAGAAGAAAAAGGCGCCGGAAACUAGUGCGCCCGCUCCGGAAUCGCACGCUGCGAGCACGCCUGGGGACGCGGCAGACCGUGCACUGACCGACCCCGCAGCCCUGCGGCCUCGGGCAGCAAAGUCACAGGUGCAUGUGCGGCCCGCUGUGAAUGAGAAAGGAAGUGCGCCAGAACCGACUGUAUCGGAGCAUGCACAGAGCCAGGCUGUUUCCCCAUCUACGUCUGGCCCUGCCCCGCCUCCUCCCUCACACGACGCAGAGCCCACGCACGACCCAUCCACGACACCCGCUCCCCCUUCCAGCUCUACUUUUCAAACUCACGAUCCUACUCCUCCUACGCACGCCUCUACUUCCCGCCCUGCUGCGCCCCCGAGCUUUGUUCCCCAAGUGGAGGACGAGGACGAUAUUUUUGCCGAGGCCGGCGAGUGGGCGGGCCUCUCGGAUGAAGAAGCGCCCGAGCCCUCUGCAGCUCCAUCUGGCAGCCAGCGCGACUGGUUUGCGACCAAGACGCAAGACGAACCGGCGCCCCCAUCCGAGCCGGAGGACGAGGAACGCGAAGACUCUCCCCCAGCCCGCCUCGAAGGCCUGAGCACGUCUGCGCUCCCCUCCGACGUAAGCCGCUGGCUCCUUGAGCGCGAGGACAAGCCGCGGCACACGGACCGCGACCCAGCCCCCCGCAAGCGCAAGCGCAGCAAGAAAGGACGCGGCGAGAUCGACUCGCCGUAG